UCACCCGUUGAUGCCUACUUGGACAGCCAUGAUGUGCGACAGUGGAUUGUGCGUGAGUGUGCUUGGGGAUGUGAUGAUUGUGCAAGUCAAGAUGUGACUGGGGGUUGAGGAACGAAAGGUAGAAGAACAUUCAGAAAUGAUUCGCUUUGCUUUGCUUUGCACUCACUGACUCGCCUCCGCUCAACCCAGGCGUGUGCAUUUGAUUUGCGGACGAUGGACUGACCGACCACACGCACAAUCGCGGUAGACCUUCGACGGACGUCUCCACCUGUGCGAUCUGCGCAUGAUGGAGCUGGCUGGCUGGCUGGCUGCCUGCCUGCCUGCCUGCAAUGGGCAAACACGGGUGAGGUGUUGCAGGCGCGUGGCGGUAAGGUCGCGCGGCAGCAUCCUUUCGCCACGCAAUUAUAAGCAGCAUGCGCGUGCCAUGCAUCAAUUCUGCGCGUGUGACUCAGACUCGAGCACAGCAUCAGCAGCGCACGGUUCACGCGCCAUCCAGCAGCCGCCGCGCCGCCUUGAACUUGUGCUGAUUGCGAUCGACCGAUCAAGCGCCGCGAGCGUCAUUCAGCCAGCAUGCAUGGACCCAACACAUCGCUGCUGCUGCUGCUGCUGCUGCUGCCGCAUGCAAAUGAUGGGCGAGGAAGGCGCUCCCGCAAGAUCUUCCCCCAAGCAAAAACACAUCGGAUUUUGGAACCGAGUGAAAUGAGCACGACCACGAGGGGCUUUACAAAAAAAGCUCUAGAUUGCCCAUAUAUGCAGCCUCGACGCCUCUGCGUCUUCCCAAUCUGCUGGGGAAGCGCAUAUCAAUACCAUCGACAUCCUGCAGC